AUGGCCGGUCCUAAACUCGAAGUCUUCAAGGCACGUGCACCCGAGUUCUACGACAAGCACGUCCGCAACUCCAAGUUUUGGCCAGCUGCCGAAGUCGUGAACACGCGUACUGGAAUUGAUAAGAAGGAACUGUUGUACGAGGUCGAGCGUCUGAAGCAGGAGCGUCUUGCCCGCAAGGCUGCUCGUGAGGGCUUGUCCGACGACAAGAACGUGUAA